AUGGCAAAAAUAUUUCGUGGUAAAGGCAUCACUUUGCUGCUAUUUUCACAACUUAAAAUAUUUUUCCCAAUUGUUAUUUGUGGCAAGCCAAAAAGUUCAAGGAACUCAAGUAUUGGCAGUGAAAAUGAGUUUUUAGGAAUAAAUCGUGUGAUUGUUCCAUUUGUUACAUGCGGUGAUCUAAGGUAA